AGACAGAUGGACAAGACGAGGUGGGAAACACACUAGGGAACCAACAACACCAACUAAGGGACAACUCUCACGUGCUAAAAUCAAGAAGAUCAAAGCAGAAGACACCUGCCUUAGACGCAGAAAACUUCAGCUGACUUUCCAUAAUCAUGGCAAAGGUCUAUAAAAAGACAAGUGGCAAUGGUUCGCUUUGCCUCUAUUUGGGGAGGAGAGACUUUGUGGACCAUGUGGACAGUGUUGAUGUAGUUGAUGGGGUACUCAAGAUUGAUCCUUCAGGUCUUAAUGGAAGGAAAGUGUGGGUACAGCUUGCAUGCGCCUUCCGAUAUGGCAGAGAGGAUCUGGAUGUGAUUGGAGUUUCCUUCAGGAAAGACAUCUGGAUAAAACACAUUCAGAUGUAUCCACCUGCAACAAGUAAUCCCCCCAACACACCGAUGCAGGAAGCGCUUCUGAAGAAAGCUGGGGAUCAAGGGCAACCCUUCACUUUCGAGAUUCCCAGACAUCUUCCAUGCUCAGUGUCCCUUCAACCAGCACCAGAGGAUGCCGGCAAGCCUUGUGGGGUUGACUAUGAAGUCAAAGCCUAUAUUGCAAAUGAAGCAAACAACCUAGAUGAGAAAAUUGAAAAGAAGGACACUUGCCGUUUGGUCAUCCGUAAAAUCCAGUAUGCACCAGAUCAGCUUGCAGCUGGACCCAAGGCUGAUAUCAACAAACAAUAUAUAACUGCAGACAAACCAGUUCACCUGGAGGCCUCAGUGGAAAAGGAGCUUUACUACCAUGGAGAUCCAAUUCCCAUUAAAGUGAAAGUAAACAAUGAGACCAGUAAAGUAGUGAAGAAAGUCAAAAUCACUAUUGACCAAAUAACAGAUGUUGUGCUAUACUCAGCGGACAAAUACCACAAAUGUGUCCUGAAUGAAGAAUUUGGGGACCAAAUUGAUGCUAACUCCACCUUUGAGAAGGAAUAUAGAGUCACUCCUCUGCUGGCCAAUAACAAAGAAAAACUUGGUCUCGCACUGGACGGCAGACUGAAGGAUGAAGACACCAACUUGGCUUCUUCAACAAUUCUGCGACCAGAGAUGGAUAAGCAAAUGCAAGGCAUUCUGGUUUCCUACAAAAUUAAGGUUACCCUUAUGAUGGGAGGUGGUCUAUUGGGAAGUCUCACAACAAGUGAUAUUGUUGCUGAGCUCCCACUGGUUCUUAUGUCACCCAAGCCUGCAGGGCUGAUAUCAAACUUGAGUAGGUUCAACUUCAAGUGACGGUGAGGACUGAAUAAGGAGAAACACACAGGAACAGAUGCUGAAGUCUUGAUACCAGAAAACCUAAUUUCAUGAGCAAUAGGCUAUAGACUGUUCCUCGUUACAAAUACAUGCAUAACAGGAAAUAUCUAUAUAAUGUUAAAAAUGGGCUAAAGACCUUGCAUAUUAAGAGGAACUCAGUGGCAUUGAAAAGCAUUGGUAAAAUGCUUUUAAAUUGUCAUAUACUGUGUAUUACUUCUGCCUUUAUCAUGUGAACUCAGUUUAGGUUCAUUUUUUUUGUAUGUGAAAGAGUGCUGUAAAAAAAGUGGUAGUGAUAGUGAUAAACAGUUUAUUUUAAUUAAUGCAUUCUAAUUUCAAUUUAUUAUUAAAUAAUGUUAUUUUGUUUUAU